CAGAGUUCUUUUAUGCACUCUAGGGUGUCAGCUUGAUCAGAUUCUGGAUUCUGAUAAAAAGGCGCGUGCCAGUCCUUCUCACCAUCCUCGCCUCUUGCUCUCUUUCUUCCAUCUUCUCUCUUUUACAUUCAAUACUCGCCAUGCCCCCUCGCGCUGCCCCAACCAACGGUCGUGGUGGCCCUGCUAUCCGUGGUCUACGAGGUGCUGCUCCUCGCGGUCGCGGCGGUGGUGCUGGCGCCUCUGGCGGUAUCUCAGUUGGUCUCCCGACCCCUGGUGACCAUAUCAGCACCAUCGGCGUGAAGCGUCGUGGAUUUGGUGCCAGCGGACGUCCUGUGAAGAUCUUCGUCAACUCUUUCGAGUGCAGCAUCCCCAAGAGCAUCAUCCACCACUACGAUGUCAUCAUGCCCUCCGAGAAAACACUGCCCGCGCGUUUGAACAUGGAACUGAUCAAGGAACUCCAGACUACGACUGCGCCCGCCAUCUUUACCCCUCGUGCUGUAUACGAUGGGCGUAAAAAUCUUUUUGCUGCUCGAGAGCUGCCGUUUGGCGGCACGAAUCACAUGGAGUUUAGCGUCACCCUUCCUCCUACAGAUGCCUCAACGACAGCACCCAAAGCCUACAAGAUCAGACUAACCAAGGUGGCUGAGAUCAAUCCCGAGGUCCUACACCGUUUCGUGAAGGGAGAUCAAUCACAUGACAACAGCGUAUUGACUGCUAUCACUGCUCUGAACGUCGUGAUUCGAAUGGAGCCAUCAUUGAACUAUCCCUUCAACGUACGGUCCUUCUUCACCAGUCAGGAGACUCUAGAUAUCGGAUGCGGACUCCAAUUAUGGCGCGGCUACUUCCAAUCGGUACGCCCUGCCAUGGACAGGAUGCUGAUCAACGUGGACAUCUCAACAGGUACGAUGUAUAAAGAGGGGAAACUCAUUGACCUCUGCCUCCAAUUUUUGGGGAAUACAUUGCCCGAAUCCAUGUCGCCCAAGCGCGGUUUACCUGAUCGCGAGCGACUCCGUCUUCAACGCUUCAUUACCGGCAUGCGUAUCAGAGUAAUUGGCAAGACCCUGGAUCCCAAAGCCAAAGUCACGGAGGCCGACCUCAAAGGGCCUCAUCGAGUUGUCAAGAGGCUUAGCGCUGUGGGUGCUAGCUCGGUUACCUUCACCAAUGCAGACGGGGCUACUACUACCGUCGCCGACCACUUUAGGCGUAGCGCCUCUGGAAUCCGCCUCCACUGGCCCGACAACAUCUGUGUCGAGGUGGGAUCGGGCGCGUUGAUCCCACUGGAAUUAUGUUACAUCACUAAGGGACAAAUUAUGAGGAAGCAAGUGCCCUCGAAACUAACCCCAACGGUCCUCUCAUUUGCGACGAAGAAACCUCGCGAUCGUCUUACGAGUAUCAGGAAUGGUCUCAAUGUAUUGGCAUAUGGACAGUCAGACUACGUUCGUCACUUCGGGAUGAGCGUCAAUUCUGCUGCCGGCCCCUUGCAGAUACAAGCUCGCGUCUUGCAACCCCCUACGCUCAAGUAUGGCCAAGGCAGCAAGCAGGCAACGAUUGUCCCACAAAACGGUGCUUGGAAUAUGGUUGACAAGCGUUUCUUCCGUCCUGCUCAGAUAGGCGUCUGGGCUGUUGUCAUCUACGAACAGCGCAAUCGGUUUGAUGAAAGGGCUUGUACAGAGAUGAUUCAGAGUCUGUCGAAGAGUUGCCGAGAAGUUGGCAUGGGAAUCAAACCUCCUGCCGUCACUAUAUGGCAAAACGGACAAGGGACUGUCCAGAGUCAGCUGCAAACUGCAGGCAUGAGAUGCAAGGAAGCAGUUGGCGCGUUCCCGUCGCUCAUUGUUGUCGUCUUACCAGAACACGGAGACGAUAUUUACACCGCUGUUAAACAUUUCGGUGAUGUUACGGCCGGCGUGGCAACCCAAUGCAUGAAAAGCAAGAAAUGUUUCGGAGCCAAAAACCAAUACUUUGCAAACGUUUGCUUGAAGAUGAACGUGAAGCUCGGCGGUAUCAAUGUCAUUCCUGAACCCACAUCGGUCAAACUUUUGACCGAUCCAGCAAACCCCACUAUCGUCAUGGGCGCGGAUGUCAUUCAUCCAGCCCCAGGCUCCGACAGUCGUCCCUCAUUCACAGCUUUGGUCGCUAAUGUGGACUCCGACACUGCGAAAUACAUCGCCACUACCCGGGUCCAAAAUUGUCGUCAGGAAAUGAUUGAAGAUCUUCAGGAGAUGAGCAAGCAUGUCCUGUCCAACUAUAUGAACUAUCGAUCCAUGGUCGAGAAGAAGGCGCAAGGAAUGGCGGAGCCUAAACGUAUCUUGUUCUUCCGCGACGGUGUAUCCGAGGGUCAAUUCCAAGAGGUUCUUGACAAAGAAUUGGGCGCCCUGAAAAGGGCAUGCGAGGAACUGCGGAUCCGACCCAAGAUCACUGUCAUUGUUGUUGGCAAGCGCCACCACGUUCGGUUCUUCCCGGCCAAUGAAAGAGAGGCAGACCGCAGCGGCAACUGCCCUGCGGGCACGGUUGUCGACCGAGAAAUCUCACAUCCGACAGAAUUUGACUUUUAUCUUCAAAGUCACGGCGGACUGCUGGGAACCAGUCGACCUGCUCACUAUUCGGUUUUGUACGAUGAAAAUGCCCUUUCUCCCGACGCCGUUCAAUCUCUGUCCUUCACCUUGUGUCAUGUCUACGCUCGUUCAACGCGCAGUGUGUCCAUUCCUGCGCCUGUAUACUACGCCGACAUAGUAUGCUCCCGUGCCAAGAACCAUUACGAUCCUUCUGGCAGUGUUGACUACUCCGAGUCCGGCGAUGGCUCCAAGGUUGAUGAAUCUCUGGACGCUUUCAAGCGUGGCUUCAAACCCCUCCACGCCUCGCAAUCUAAACUAAUGUACUUCUCUUAAUCUGUAGUUCAUAGUAUUUCCCAUUUCUCGCAUCACAAAAAUUCUCCAAUUGCUGUCAUCUGCUGUAGUUAUCAAUCCUCGCGCUGUCUAUCAAACAUUACACAAUCAUUCAUCGUAAACGUUGUAGUUACCCGACUUCACUGCUGGAACCCGUCGAAUCAAAAUGCUUGUCAUGUAGUACUUAUGUAUAUCUUUACUUUCUAAAUGUAAUGUGGUCUUCAAGUGCUUUUGUAGUUGCCCAAAGUUUCCAUCAUUGUUGAUAGACACGUUAAUCCUUCUCCGGCGUUCGUCCUCGGUUCAACCACCAAAUCCCACCAUUCAAAUAAGUCGCAAACGUCAACCAGGCGCAGUAGGGUAGAAGAAGGUAGGUCGACUGGGAUUUGGUAGGUCCGUC